AUGCCACUUGAUCGAACCCCACAAGAGCCGGGAUACAGCGAAUUCGGCUGCCCGAGCUGCCCUAUCUGCAAGUUGAACGAUGAUAGCCGGAUGGUCCAAUGCGAUGACUGCAGCAUUUGGUAUCACUUUGGCUGUGUAAGUGUGACGCAAGAUGUCGAGGACCACGACUGGAGCUGCCAACAAUGCCAAGCAGCUAAAAAAGCAGCCAAAUCCAGAGAAAAAUCCCCGAUUCAGAAUAAUCCACCCACGCAGCCCAUCGAAGGUGCCACCGGUCAAAUAAAUUUGCAGCAGAAGGUAUCGUCAAACGGCCAAGGAGAUUUCGUUCCGAAGAAUUUGCCCAGAUCGACUAGUGGAAACAUAGAACAGCUAGAGCAAAACACUACGAAUGGUGGAGGAAAUUUAACCGUAGCGCAAGCGGAGAUACGAUUGAAGAUGCUUGAGGAGGAGAAAGCCCUCGAGCGCAAAUAUCUGGAAAGAAAGUACCAGAUCAUGAUGGAAGCCGCCGGUGGUUCUUCCUCCCCGUUACAGGCUAGUAUCACGAACGCUGGUUCCCCUGGUGCCCCACCGUUUCAUUCGUCUCCGGUUACCACAAAUUUACGACCGGAAGCACCUAUAUUUCACUCCCGCCACGAAAAUUGCACUGAUGCAUACGAUAAUUCGAUGAUGUUGAACAGGAGCCAAAUUGCUGCCCGUCAAGCCGUCCCAAGGGAUCUGCCAACUUUUAGUGGUGACCCUGAAGAAUGGCCUCUUUUCGUGGCCACGUUUGAGAGCACAACACGGAUGUGCGGCUAUAGUCAGGAAGAAAAUACGAUUCGACUACAAAGAUGCCUCCAGGGGAAAGCAAAAGAGGCUGUUCGAAGUCAGCUGUUGCACGCAACCAAUGUGGACAACGUCAUCUCUACACUAAGGAUGCUUUUCGGUCGCCCGGAGAUAAUCGUGCAUUCAAUAAUCCGCAAGAUCCAUGCGUUGCCAGCACCGAGGGUCGACAGGAUGGGUUCACUGGUAGACUUCGCAGUGGCCGUUCGGAAUAUGGUCGCUACUGUCCAAGCGUGCAAUCUGGAAGGGUACCUGUACAACAUAUCUCUGCUACAGGAGCUUGUGGAUCGUUUGCCCCCAAUGAUCAAAUUGAAUUGGGCCAUGCAUCGUCAGGCAAUGAACCAAGUUUCGCUUGGUGACUUCAGUGCCUGGCUCAACAGUCUGGCAGAGGCGGCUAGCCUCGUAACGAUUCCCCCACCGAUCGCAACUGCUGAAUCAAAGCCAAGGCGUGGUCGAAAGGAUGACAGUUUUCUGAACGCACACCACGAAACGUCAUCGUAUCCGGAGCGAAAGCCGAUUGGCGACGAUAAACGUGAAGGAUGUUUCGCCUGCGAUGGGAAGUGUGCUUCGGCCGAGCACUGCAAGAAGUUCCUGAGUUAUGAUCACUCUACGCGAUGGACGACUGUCAGAGAACGCAAACUAUGCCGGCGUUGCCUCAAGAAACAUCGAGGGUUCUGCAGGUCAACGAAUGAAUGCGGAAUCAACGGGUGUACAAGCAAGCACAAUCAGCUGCUACACAAUAAUUCGCCGCAAAAACCGCAAACGUCACAACAGCGAGAUUCUGAGCCAAUGCCUGCUACACCAAAGCCAGGUACGUCAUCGGCUGUAACAACUACGCAAACCAUCUGCAAUACCCAUCGUAGCGACGUCAAGGCAGUCCUGUUCCGAUACGUACCCGUUGUACUGUACGGACGUGGGACUAAAAUCGAAACCUAUGCCUUCUUAGACGACGGUUCGUCGUUGACGUUGCUUGAGGAAGAUUUGGCGACCGAAUUGCAGCUCGACGGCGUCGAUCACCCACUAUGCUUACAAUGGACAGCAGAUAUGUGCCGCUACGAGGAUUCGUCGCAAAAGGUGUCCUUGCUAAUUUCCGGUUCUCGCAAUCAAGGGACACGUUAUCAACUUCCGGAGGUACACACCGUCAAGCAACUCAAGCUUCCUCCUCAAACUUUGGCGUUCGACAAGUUAGCUGGCACAUACACAUAUCUCAAGGGCUUACCGGUCGAUUCCUACACCAACGUGCGCCCAAGGAUCCUGAUUGGAAUUAACAACUGGCGUGUAGGUCACGUUCUUGACAGCCGUGAAGGAAAAGAGUUCGAGCCUGUCGCAUCGAAAACUCGCUUAGGGUGGAUGGUAUAUGGCGUACAUGCUGGCGAUCAACACCAAGAAGGCUAUACCACCCACCACAGUUACCACAUCUGCCCGAACUCCGGUCAGGCUGAUGACGAUCUACAUAGAGCUGUGAAAAGUUUCUUCGCUCUUGAUAGCAUUGGAAUUACAAAGCCGGACAAACUGAUCGUUUCCAGUGAGGAUGAGCGCGCCUGGUCCAUGAUGCGUUCCAUUACCACUCCACGGAAUGGGCGCUACCAAACAGGGCUUCUCUGGAAAUAUGACGACGUAAGGCUACCCGACAACAAGACGAUGGCGAUUAAAAGAUGGCAGUGUUUAGAACGCAGGAUGGCCAGAGAACCCCAGCUUGGCGCAGCACUUAGAGCAAAAAUGGAGGAUUAUUUGCGCAAAGGAUACGCACGAAAGUUGACACCCGAAGAACUGACGCAAUCGUACGAUCGGAUUUGGUAUCUGCCAAUAUUUCCGGUGUUCAACCCCAAUAAGCCUGGCAAACUGAGAAUCGUUUGGGACGCUGCCGCUACUGUAAACGGCAUCUCCCUAAACUCCGUAUUAAUGAAGGGUCCAGACCAGCUCACGGAGCUCCCAGCGGUACUCUACAAGUUCCGACAGUACCUGGUGGCCAUGGGAGGAGACGUACGUGAGAUGUUCCACCAGGUGCUGAUGAAUGAGGCAGACCAACAAUGUCAUCGAUUCCUGUGGAGCAGCGGUAAGGAUCAAAACAACCCCGACGUAUACGUCUUGAUGGUUAUGUCCUUCGGGGCGACGUGCUCACCCAGCCUAGCCCAAUUCGUUAAAAACGAAAACGCGGAGCGCUUCCGGCGUCAGUUUCCGACUGCGGUGGAUGCAAUCGUAAAAUCGCAUUACGUUGACGACAUGUACACGAGCGUCCAGAACGUGGAGGAAGCAAUCGAGCUAGCGAAGGAAGUUAGAGAGAUCCACUCUCGCGCUGGGUUUGAAAUGACUAACUGGGUUUCUAAUUCGCGUGACGUUCUCACGGCUCUUGGUGCAGUAGAAGUUGCUGAAAAGAACUUAGACACGGCGGUAGACGUCGCCAACGAGAAGGUUCUUGGCAUGUGGUGGUCGACGAACUCGGAUGUCUUCUCAUACAAGCUGUUCCUGGAACGUAACAUGGACAUUCUCUCUGGAACGAGACGCCCAACUAAGCGGGAGCUACUGCGAACGAUGAUGAGCGUCUACGACCCACUUGGGCUCAUUGCAAACUAUUUGAUGUUUUUGAAGAUGCUCUUGCAAGAAGUUUGGCGGUCUGGAGUAAGCUGGGACGAGUGCAUUGCGGAACGUGAAUGGGAGAAGUGGAAGAUCUGGUUGCAGUUUCUACCGAAGCUUGAAAAUUUACGGAUUCCUCGCUGCUACCGCCAGAAGACGUCGGUACAUUCCUCCGUUCAACUCCACAUAUUCGUGGACGCAAGCGAGAACGGUUACGCUGCUGUGUGUUAUUUCCGGUUUGAAGAGGAUGAUCAAAUCGAAUGCUCAUUGAUCGGAGCCAAAAGUCGUGUCGCACCGCUCAAGUUUGUAUCCAUACCCCGCUUAGAACUGCAGGCAGGGGUCAUCGGCGCCCGAUUGGCAAAAGCCGUAGAACAAGGCCACUCGUACAACAUCACCAAGCGAUUCUUCUGGACAGACGCUCGUGACGUCUUAUGCUGGCUGAAUUCCGACCAUCGACGAUAUAGCCAGUUCGUCGCUUUCCGUGUAAGUGAGCUGUUGGAGACCACGGAUGUUGCUGAAUGGCGAUGGGUGCCUACGAAAUUGAACGUUGCCGACGAAGCCACGAAGUGGAAGCGUGCACCAAGCCUUGAUUAUGAUAGUCGGUGGUUCAACGGCCCUGAAUUUUUGCUGCAACCGGAAGAAAACUGGCCGAAGCUCCCAGCUUUAGAAUCCACCAAAGAGGAGCUCCGUCAAAACCGUCAAAACUUGCUACACCACCGUGACGUUGAUGAUUGGGUUCUUACUCCAACAGACUUUUCAUGUUGGAAACGUUUGCUUCAUGCUGUGGCGUUCGUAAUGCGGUUUCCCAGGAAUCUCCGGAAAAAGAUAGCUGCCGAACAACCUGAUACUGGUCCAUUGAGUGCUGAUGAAUUGAACGACGCUGCCAGUUAUAUCUAUCGCCGAGCUCAAGAGGACAUCUACAGUGAGGAACGGAAGCUGCUUGCGAAACCUGGACCGGCUCUUGGUACGCGGAUUCUACCUAAAGGUAACUCUCUGUAUAAAGUGGAACCAUAUCUCGAUAGUGCUGGGGUGAUGCGUAUGCGUGGUCGCAUUAGCGCUUGCGAUUUAAUUGAUGAGUCUACGAAGCAUCCUGUCAUCCUUCCUCGAGAGCACUACAUCACAUCACUGGUCGUUCAAAAAGUUCAUGAGGAAUUCCAUCACCAAUGCCACCAGACCGUGCUGAACGAAAUACGGCGAAGAUAUUACAUUCCUCGUUUGCGGGUAGUUCUCAACAAAACUCGUCGAAAUUGCCAGAAAUGUAAAAUCAUGACUGCUAAACCACAGCCUCCUUCAAUGGCCGAUUUACCGAAAACUCGACUCGCGGCAUUUGUUAGGCCUUUCUCUUACGUGGGCAUUGACUAUUUCGGCCCGAUGCAGGUAGUAAUCGGUCGCCGUGUUGAGAAGCGCUGGGGCGUGCUAGCUACGUGUCUGACCACUCGAGCUGUGCAUAUCGAGCUGGCUCAUUCGUUGACGACAGACUCCUGUAUAAUGUGCCUGCAAAACAUCAUAGCGCGACGGGGAUCUCCAAUCGAGAUUGUUAGUGAUCGAGGAACCAACCUGGUCGGUGCGAGUAAAGAGCUGAAGGAAGCUUUAGCACAGGUAGAUCAAGAGCGGCUGAUGAAAGAGUUUACGACCGAGAACCUCAAAUGGUCGUUUAACCCACCUGCUUCUCCUCAUAUGGGAGGAAGCUGGGAGAGACUGAUACAAUCAGUAAAGAAGAUUUUGACCAGCAUACUUCCAACUCAACGGCUGCCAACAGACGAAGUACUCAGGAACUCUCUUGUGAUGAUUGAGAACAUCAUCAACUCGCGCCCUCUGACCUAUGUACCAGUUGACAGCGAGGCUGCCCCGGCUCUUACCCCGAAUAGCUUUCUGCUGGGCUCUACCGAUGGUUCGAAACCCCUAGUACUCCACGAUGAUAGCGGCUUAGCUCUCCGAAGUGCUUGGAAAUCAUCACAAGUCCUAGCCAAUAUGUUUUGGAAGAAGUGGUUGGCGGAGUACCUCCCUGAAAUUACUAGAAGAACUAAAUGGCUUUCGGCCGGUCGACAGAUCCAGAUAGGAGACAUCGUGAUUAUCGUGGACCCAAGUUUCCCGAGAAAUUGCUGGCCCAAAGGCAGGGUAGUCAACACGAAGGUAUCCAAGGAUGGUCAAGUACGAUCGGCGACGGUACGGACGGCUUCAGGUAUGUACGAGCGCCCGGCAGUUCGCCUGGCAGUGCUGGACGUCGGUGCAGACAAGAGUGAUCGGGACCAGGGUCCAACCACUGGGGGGGACUGUUGCGACACCCCUCGUGUAGCAACGCACCUUCUCACCAGCUAA